AUGAAAGUUACAGCUUCUACUAUGGCCACUGUUUUGGCCGCAUCUGCAUCUGCAUCUGCUGCUUCAAUCGACCAACAACAACAACAACCAAACUUGGUUGCUAGACAAGAUGUUGAAAGAGCAUUGAGCUCAUUGCCAGGACACUUCGCCGCUGAUAAAAGAGAUGGUGAGCCAGAUUUGUCUGCUUUAGUAGCACAUAUCGACAACUAUAGAACCAAAAGAGACGCAAUUGAUAUGGAGAUCAUCAAGAGAGACUAUGCUAUUGUGACUGAUGUUUUGACUGCUAUCAACCAAUCUCAAUUGGCACCAAAGAUUUUGGAAUACUUUGUUACUAACCAAAACCUUGAACCAAUUGUUGUCAAUGUAUUGAUCGCCGUUAUGAAGAGUGGGUUGAUUUCAUUACAAUCAGUUUUGGAUGCUUUGGUUUCAUCCAAUUUGGCCGUUAAUGUUAUCAAUGAUUUGAUCAGUGACUGUUCAUUGUAUUCUGAACUUUUCAAUGCUGCUGCUCAAGUUAUUAGCAACUUGGCUGAAAAAGUUGAAGAAAAGAUUUCACAAGGAGUUACAUCAUUGAUUACUAGAGAUAUCAAUGACAGCAGUCUUGACGCCUUUGUUGCUAACAUGGACAAGAGAGAUCUUAAUGAUGUUGUUGACAACUUGUUGGACUCCUUAUACAAGUCAGGAUUGGCCACAUCUGUUGUUAAAGAUGUCUUGACCAACUCGGCUUAUAUUCCAUUCGCUACCGAUUUGAUUAAGCAAAUGUUGGCUAACAACUUGAUUGAUAUUGGAUCUAUUAUUGAUGCAUUGAAAGAGUCUGGUUUGAUUACUCAAUUGUUUCAAAACUUCCUCAACUGGGGAACUUUACAGACCGUUGCUGAAACUGCUUUUGCUGCCUUGGCUGGUGAAUGUAGUGGUUCAUCAAGUGGAAGCUCUGGCACAUCAACACCAUCCACUGGUGGUAGCAAGACCACUGGUAACGGUAGUGGCUCAGUCACUUCCAAUGUUGGUAGUGCAGAUCCAUGCAAGAAGAGAAGAAGAGUUAGAAGAAGAAGAAGAUCAAACUAUUAA